AUGAUUUGGAGGGCCGCGGCUGGGAGGUGCGGGGCUCCAUGGAGCCUGUUGAUCACACGCAGCCGGGGCUGCGGCGGAGCUGAGAGCGGCUGGCUCCCAACACCGCAGCCUGAGAAGCACCCGUUCAGCACCCCGGCGGCUCUGCUCCGGACCCCGAACUGCUCCAGCAGCCAUCGCCUCCCCUCGCCCCUGCCCGAUGCCAGCUCCUGCUGAGCCCGCUCAACUUUUGCAGUUGGCGAUUGGCAGCCCUUGAUCCCCGAGAUGACCCUGAGAGCUUGGCUGCUAUGCAUGUCCUGGACCCUGGCUGCAUCGCUGCAACUUCAGCAGGACAUGCCAAAUGUAUGUCUGCAACAAGAGCUGGCAAUAGUGGGACAGCGGCAGCCGUGUGUUCAGGCUUUUACCCAGGUUGUCAAGAUGUGGAAACAAGGCUGCACAGGACAUAAGUGGUGUAUGGCCUAUGAGAGAAGGACGGGGUAUUACACAGUCUACAAACAAGUGUACAUCAUAGAGCAUCAAACUGUCUAUAAAUGUUGUCCAGGAUGGACCCAAGAAGAUGACGAACCUGGCUGCUUGCACUUGUUGUGCUCUGUAAGCACUUGCUUCAAUGGAGGGAAAUGCUCUGAAGGAGGAUCCCUAAUGUGCCAAUGUCCAGCAGGAUUUCAGGGUCUGCGCUGCCAGUAUGAUGUAAAUGAAUGUACCAUUGAGAAUGGUGGUUGUCAGGACCAGUGCUGCAAUACUAUUGGCAGCUACUACUGCAGAUGUCCAGCUGGCCAGAAACUGGGCGAAGAUGGAAAAUCAUGUGAAGAUAUCGAUGAAUGUGCAGUAGUGAAUGGAGGGUGCCAGCAGAGCUGUGUUAACACUCUGGACUCCUUCUAUUGCAUAUGCGAUAUGGGAUACAGACUCCAUGCUGAUGGACGCACCUGCAUAGCUGUCAGUUCCUGCACUGUUAACAAUGGGGGCUGUGAACAGGAGUGCAUUCAGAUCAGUGAUCACCACUACAAGUGCCACUGCCAUCCACGCUACCAGCUGAAGAGAGAUGGCAAACACUGCGAAAUGAUGGACCCCUGCACAAGUGGGAAUGGAGGAUGCUCACACAUCUGUCAAAAUGAGAGAGGAUUUGCAAAGUGUGAGUGCCAUCCUGGGUACUAUCUUUCUGCAGACAGAAAGUCCUGUGGAGACAUUGAUGAGUGUGCAGAAGAGACAGCCAGAUGUGCUCAUCGUUGUUUGAACACCCUAGGGUCCUUCACCUGUGUUUGUAAUCCUGGCUUUGAGCUGGGGGCUGAUGGAAAGCAGUGUUACCGCAUCGAAAUGGAAAUUGUCAAUAGCUGCGAAAGCAACAAUGGUGGUUGUUCUCAUCACUGCGAGCACUCGACUGGUGGACCUCACUGUUCUUGCAACCAGGGAUAUCUCCUUGAUUUGGAUGGGAAAACGUGCAUAGACCUGGAUGAAUGUGAGUCCAGCGAGGCCUGCUGUUCCCAGUUCUGCAUCAACUACAUUGGAGGCUACGAGUGCAGCUGCAAGGCAGGGUUCCGGCUUAACACCAAUGGCUGCGUAUGUGAUGAUGUGGAUGAGUGUCUUGGUGACAAUGCCAGCUGUGACCAAAUCUGUGUUAAUUCUCUGGGGUCAUAUGAGUGCAUGUGUAGAGAAGGCUACAGACUUAAUCUCGAUAGACAUUCCUGCAUCUCACUAGAUGAUGAUGAGCUGGAGGAGGAGGAAGAAGAGAAACUGGAGAUCGCUAGGAUUCCAGGUCUUCGGUUCAGAAGACCUCCUCAGCUGCUUCAUUAUGCUGCUGCACUUGGUGCCUUCUAUGAGGAUGAGGACAAAGAUGUACGAGGGGAACUCACUCUCAUGCGUAAAGUUGUUUGCCUGGAUAACACCUUUGGCAAUGAUUGUAGCCUGAGCUGUGAUGACUGUAUAAAUGGAGGCAAAUGUAACAGUGAAAACAGUGGCUGCAUCUGUUCACCUGGGUGGACUGGACUUAUAUGUAAUGAAACUUGCUUCCCUGGGACUUAUGGGAAAGAUUGUAAUAGCAUUUGUAAGUGUCAGAAUGGAGGCUCAUGCGACCAUGUAACAGGACAAUGUCACUGCCCACCGGGAAUUAAUGGACAGAUUUGUGAGGAUGGCUGUCCAAAAGGAUUCUUUGGGAAAAACUGUAACAAGAAAUGUAACUGUGCCAACAAUGGCUAUUGCCAUAGACUCUAUGGAGCCUGUCUGUGUGACCCAGGGUUAUAUGGUCGCUUCUGCCAUCUAACUUGUCCCAAGUGGGCCUUUGGAGCUGGCUGUUCAGAAGAAUGUCAGUGUGUCAAGGAGAACACUCUGGUAUGCAAUGCCAGAAAUGGUACUUGCACCUGCAAACCAGGUUAUCAAGGGAACAAGUGCCAGAAAGAGUGUACGCCUGGCUUUUAUGGAGCUGGCUGUAAGCUGAAGUGCAACUGUCCUGUUGAUGCUUUAUGUGACCAGGAGACUGGAGACUGCAAGCAUCUGUGCCCACCAGGUUUCCAUGGAGAAAGGUGCCAUUUAUCCUGUAGCCCAGGGAAGUUUGGUGUGAACUGCAGGCAGAGCUGUGGCUGUGUAGGAGCACUAUGCGAUUCAAAGACUGGACACUGCAUGUGCCCUGCUGGCAGAACAGGUGCUGCAUGUGAUCAAGAUUGCCCUGAUGGUCUGUGGGGAGUAGACUGUCAGUUCGUCUGCGAGACCUGUGAAAAUGGAGGGAAGUGUAACAAAGAGACUGGAAUCUGUGACUGCCCUCUGGGAUACACUGGGAAAUCCUGUUACCUACCCUGCCCAAAUGGUUACUACGGGCAAAACUGCCUGUUGCAGUGCAGCUGUAAUAGCAAUGCUCAGUGUCACCAUGUUACCGGAGAGUGCACAUGUCCUCCUGGCUGGAGUGGCCAUGACUGCAAACGUCCUUGUGAUGCUGGCCAUUGGGGAGAGCGCUGUGAAAGCUUGUGUCUCUGCAAUAACAGCGAUGGUAGCUGUGACCCAGUAACUGGGAUUUGUUUCUGUGAAGCAGGAUACUCUGGGAAACGCUGUGAGCAGAGAUGCCCUAAGGGAACCUUUGGCCCAAAUUGUAAGUACAGCUGUCAGUGCCAGAAUGGAGCUGCCUGUGAUCAUGUGAGUGGAGCCUGUACUUGUGCGGCUGGCUGGACAGGAAGUUUUUGUGAAAAAGCUUGUCCAGGUGGAUUUUUUGGACUUGACUGCCACCAGGUGUGUGAAUGCAAGAAUGCAGCUCGCUGUGACCACAUCAUAGGAACAUGCCAGUGCCUCCCUGGAUGGAUGGGAGCCAAGUGUGACCAAUCCUGCCAGGGUGACAGUUAUGGGGAAGGCUGCAGUCAUGCUUGUAAUUGUCACAAUGGAGCGCGCUGUGAUCAUGUAACUGGGAUGUGUAUUUGCGCAGCAGGAUGGAGAGGAGCUACCUGCCAGCAAGCCUGUCCUUCUGGUUUAUAUGGCAUGAACUGUUUACAGCACUGCAUCUGUCGCAAUCAGGCGGUGUGUGAUCAUGUAACUGGACAAUGCAUUUGUCCCAAAGGCUGGACUGGUAUAGCCUGUGAACUUGAGUGUGAGGAUGGGAAGUAUGGAGAGAGCUGUGAGGAGAACUGUAGCUGUGGCAAUGGUGGAAUUUGUGACCGACAUUCAGGGAAAUGCAACUGCCACCCAGGAUGGAUCGGGGACCAGUGCAAUGUUGCCUGUCCCUCUGGAUUCUUUGGAGAGCAGUGUGAGGGACGGUGUGAUUGUGAGCACAGCUCUUCCUGCCACCAUCAGAGUGGAGUGUGUCACUGUGAAAAAGGAUGGCGAGGAAAACGAUGUGACAAACCUUGCUUGCCUGGCUACUAUGGCAAUUACUGCACCAAGCGUUGCAACUGCCCUUUGGGUACCCCUUGUUACCAUGUGAAUGGAGAGUGUGGCUGCCCUCAAGGAUUCACUGGCUAUGGCUGUGAAAAAACUUGUCCACCAGGCACAUAUGGUAAGAACUGUAACCAACUAUGUCAGUGCUCUGCAGAGAAUGAGGAAUGUCACCCAGCGACAGGCAAAUGCACCUGCCUACCAGGUUAUUAUGGAAUCCACUGUGACCUUAAAUGUCCACAAGGUACCUAUGGUCCAUACUGCCAAAAGGCAUGUAAAUGCUUUAAUGGAGGCCACUGUGAUAUUGUGACAGGAACCUGUGAUUGUCCUCCUGGCUUCAUUGGCGCUGACUGUAGUAAAAUUUGUCCUGUAAGCCGCUAUGGGAAGGACUGCAUCCUGCUGUGCUCCUGUGGUAAAGGGCAGUGUGACCCAGAGACUGGCAAGUGCUACUGUCCACCUGGCCAAAUUGGACCCAGUUGUCAGCAAGUGUGUCCCCAGGGAAGCUACGGCCCCAGUUGCCAACUAAUGUGUAUCUGUAAGAAUGGUGGUAUCUGUGACCCUGUGAAUGGAUCUUGUUCCUGUGGACUUGGCUGGACAGGAAGUUAUUGUGAGAAAGAAUGUGCCCCAGGUAAAUAUGGUUCUGACUGCCACUUUAACUGCUCUUGUCAGAACAAUGGAUCUUGUGACAGGUUUACUGGUUGCUGCCAAUGUCCAGAAGGUUACUACGGUCACUCUUGUGAGCACACCUGCCCUGCUGGAUUUUAUGGUCUAAACUGCAUUCACUCUUGUGAUUGUAAAAAUGGAGCUACUUGCAAUCCGGUGACUGGACAGUGCAUUUGUCCUGCAGGUUAUGAAGGUGUCCAGUGUGAAAAAGGCUGUAAUGUCGGAAGAUUUGGAGACAAAUGUCAGCAUCAGUGUGACUGUGAAGGAGUAGCCUCAUGUGAACCUGUAACUGGAAGGUGCCUUUGCCCACCUGGAAGGACUGGAGACAAAUGCAACAUUGAAUGCAGGUCAGACCAGUACGGCCCCAGCUGCUCUCUGAGAUGCCAGUGUGCCAACAGAUCCCAGUGUCAUCCUCACAAUGGGAGCUGCAUGUGUCCUGCCAAGUGGAUGGGGCCAACCUGUGAAGAAGGAGGCCCUCCAAAACUUCCUUCAUAUGAAGAACAAACUCAGGAAAGAGGGAAUGCUUUUUCAAGAUCUCUACGACAAUAA